AUGAUUUUGGAUUCUUGGAUGGAGGCCAACGGCGGGGCUAGCCAGCCAGCUCGAGCGGAGGCCAGCGCACGGAACGGCGGCCUGCCUCCCCGGCGGCGCGGCCUGCCUGCUCACCCGGCGGCGCGGCCUGCCUGCUCGCCGGCGCGGUGGCCAGCGCACGGCGCGGCGGCACGGCCUGCCUGCUCGCCCGGCGGCGCGGUCUGCCUGCUCGUCGGCUCGUCAUGGUCUAGGCAUAUUUCCUUCACCGGCCGCCGCGUUCCUCGUGCUGUCGCGGCAGGAGCAGCAGCGGAGAGCCGGCUGCGCGGGCUCGACCCGGAGGUGGUCGCCUCGUUCCCCGCCAUGACCUACGCCGAGGCGAGGGCGCUCCGGGAGAAGGAAGCGGGAGGCAAGGGCGACGAUGACACAGCCGUGCUCGAGUGCGCCGUCUGCCGCAGCAAGUUCGACGACGGGGACCAACUCCGGCUCCUCCCUAAGUGCGGCCACGCCUUCCACUCGGACUGCAUCGGGGAUUGGCUCGCAGGCCACGUCACCUGCCACGAGACGCACAUAACCUGUUCGAUGUAA